UGACCACCUUCCCCACUUCAUAAAACCAUACAUACAUUCAAUCUUGGCUCUUUCUUCAUCAAUACCCCCCCCCCCCCCCCCCCCCAUUAAACCCUCCUCAGUUUCUCACCAAUUUUAAAUUUUGAUUCAAUUAUUCACCACCCAAUACAAUCUUUCUUCUGGGUUUUCAACCAAUUCAUACAUAUUCCCAUCUUUCUUACCCAAUUUAAAACAAUACCCACUUGAAAUUCAAGAAACCCCCACCACCCACCAUGCCCCCAUUAAACCCUUCUCAGUUUCUCAUCAAUUUCAAAUUUUGAUCCAAUUAUUCACCACCCAAUACAAUCUUUCUUCUGGGUUUUAAACCAAUUGAUAGAUAGUUGCAUCUUUAUUACUCAAUUUAAAACAAUACCCACUUGAAAUUCAAGAAACCCCCAAUUUUGUUCCUUGUGUUUACUUGAAUUUUUGUUUCGAGAUGCCGAGGCCUGGACCGAGGCCGUUUGAAUGUGUGAGAAGAUCUUGGCAUAGUGAUAGACAUCAGCCCAUUAGAGGGUCCAUUAUUCAACAGAUUUUUAGAGUUGUACAUGAAAACCAUGGUUCUGCUACUAAGAAGAAUAGAGAAUGGCAAGAGAAACUGCCUGUUGUUGUGUUUAAAUCUGAAGAAAUUAUGUAUUCCAAAGCUAAUUCUGAGGCUGAGUACUUAGACCCCGAAACGUUGUGGGAUCGUUUGAACGAUGCCAUUGACACGAUAAUUAGGAAAGAUGAGACGAUGGAAACCGGUGAAUUCUUGCCCCCUUGUGUAGAAGCUGCUCUUAACCUGGGUUGUGUCCCUAUAAGAUCAUCAAGAAGUCAAAGAAACAGUAAUACCCGGAGCUACUUAAGCCCGAGAAACCAAGAGUCCGGUCCAACUGCUCAAAACAUACCGAAUGUUAACAGACCAGAUGGUGUGAAUAUGAUGAAUCAAACACAUACAUUUUCAGACGCUAAUAAAGACGUAAGACCCGUUUUCAAGGCUGCGGCUGCCCCUCCGGGCUCCUCUUUUUAUCCUCAAAAUGUUCCUAGACAAAUGAUGUCGUUCGAGAAUAGACCUCCUUCGGUCUUUCCGUUAUACCACGGUUUCCAGUUUCAACCGCGGAUGCCCCAAAUGGGAUUUCAUACCUCUCAUCCAAACCCAAACAAUAUAAUUAUCGGAACACCGGUUUUUCAGACGACCCGCGAGUCUUUACCAUCUUCUUCUUCGCAAACGGGCUGUCCCGGAAGAUUGUUGUUAUAUGAUAAGUUAUAUGAUAAGGAUGGAAACGGUUCAAAGAAAGAAUCCAGACCUGAAUUGGUGGAGUGUGAUUUGUCUCUAAGAUUGGGUCUUGUUUCGAGUAAUGAAAAAGUGUUGACUAAUGUAGAUGAUGUUGACUCGGGUCAGGGUCCGGGUCCAAGAAGCAAGGAGUUUUCUUUCUUUCCUUUGAAUUCAGAGGCUGAAGAAGUUGAGACAUCAGUGACAGAUUUUAGGAAGCGAAAAAGUGUAGGGGAAUCGCAGAGUUUUUUGCAUUUAGAGCGCGAUUUUGACCAGAUUAACGAUCGAAUGAAACAACGAAGAGGUGCACGAGGAUGGAAAAGGACCAAAGUUUUUGGCUUGUAUUGAUGUGUCAUGUCUUUGAUAUCACUCUGCAUUUAGUCCACAAGUGUACUAUUCGAGUUAUAUGAAGGUUAAAACGGUCGGUGUCACACCUUAGCCGAAUCCCACAAUAGUCGUAAAGAAUGCCGUGCUUUAACUAUCACUAAUGCGUUUUAGCCGUAUUAGCUGUGGAUGAGAACACUCUAUAGUUAAACGUGUUUGAGUGAGAGCAAUCUAUGAAUUAUGAUGUGUGACCUUUUAAAAAGUUUUCACUAAGACAAUAAAAAAUUAAUCUACAAGCACA